AUGUCAACGAAAGGAAGCAAGACCCAUCUCUAUGAUGUCCUCGAGAUCCAGCCUGGCGCGUCGGAACAGGAGAUUAAGAAGGCGUACAGAAAGCUCGCUAUGAAAUAUCACCCUGACAAGAACGCUCACGAUCCGGCCGCGGCGGAUAAGUUCAAGGAAGUUGGACAUGCUUACGAGAUCCUGUCGGACCCCCAGAAGCGACAGAUCUACGACCAGUACGGCGAGGAGGGCCUCAACGGCGAUGCCGGCAUGGGAGGCGGCAUGUCGGCGGAGGACCUGUUCUCGCAGUUCUUUGGCGGCGGAGGCGGCAUGGGCGGCAUGUUUGGUGGUGGCGGAAUGCAGCAGCAGGGUCCCAAGCGGAGCCGAGACAUCGUGCACGUCCACAAGGUUUCGCUCGAGGAUCUCUACAAGGGAAAGAUCUCGAAGCUCGCACUGCAGAAGAGCGUGCUCUGUCCGAAGUGCGACGGCCGCGGUGGUAAGGAGGGUGCGGUCAAGAAGUGCAGUGGCUGCAACGGUGCCGGUAUGAAGACGAUGAUGCGUCAGAUGGGUCCUAUGAUCCAGCGCUUCCAGACUGUCUGCCCCGACUGCAGCGGAGAGGGAGAGAUUAUCAGGGAGAAGGACCGAUGCAAGCACUGCCACGGAAAGAAGACCAUCACCGAGCGGAAGGUGCUCCACGUUCCCGUCGACAAGGGCAUGCAGGAGGGUCAGAAGAUCACCUUCAACGGCGAGGGUGACCAGGGCCCGGAUAUCAUCCCCGGAGAUGUCGUGUUUGUCAUUGAGCAGAAGAAGCACGAUCGGUUCGAGAGGAAGGGAGACGAUCUGUACUUCAAGGCCGAGAUCGAUCUGUUGACAGCUCUGGCUGGUGGCACCAUUGUGAUCGAGCACCUCGACGACCGCUUCCUGCAGGUGUCGAUCCUACCCGGCGAGGUUAUCUCUCCUGGAACCGUUAAGCAGAUCCGCGGACAGGGUAUGCCAUCUUACCGUCACCACGACAUGGGUAACCUCUACAUCCACUUCGAUGUCAAGUUCCCCGAAGACAACUUCAACACACCCGAAAAGCUCGCGCUCCUCGAGGACAUCCUCCCACCGAGGAACAUCCCUGAGCUCAACCCCGAUGCCAUGGUGGAAGACGUCGUUUUGGAGCCCGUAGACGCGCGGGAACAGGCACGUGCUAUGCAGCAGGGUGGCCACGGCCACAUGCACGAUGAGGAUGACGACAUGCACGGCGGCGGUGGUGAACGUGUACAGUGUGCAUCGCAGUAA